AUGGAUACAGAAUUAGAACAAAUUCAAACCAUAUCAACCAUCAAUGCAAAUAAUAAAAGCAAAUGGUAUACAAACAUCUAUCAACGCGUUGGAUUUUGGAAAUAUCUACUGAAUUCGUUGUAUAUUUUGGUCGUUCUUUACUUAAGUAUUCUAUUGAUGCCAAAUAUCCUUCUGUCAGUCACGUGGUAUCCAUGGAUUUACUACAUUAGUCAGAAUAAUAAAACAAUCAGUGAUCAGUAUACAUUUGCAUUCAAUAUGGCGUCAUUAUCUCAAAUAAUUCUUUGUCCAAUGGUUGGCCUUUGUCUCGCAUUUCGAGCAGAACAAAAUCCAAAACAAAAACUAUUGAAUGUUGCGAUUAUGCAAACAUUAGCAUGGGUUUUGAAUAUACUAUUAUGUAUCAUUUGUAUGUUCGUCAAUUCGACAGUUAUUGUUCCUGCAUUGGUGUUUAACUAUAUGGCCCGUUCCGUUAUUGUAGCUGGAUCACAAGCUGUCAUUUCUACAUUUUUUCCGUCGGAAUACAUUGGUAGAUUGACUGGCAUUAUGUGGACAUUAGCAGGAGCGAUAACUUGUAUUCAGUAUGGACUUGUUCAUUUAACAGCAGAUAUACUUCGAUCAUGGAGAGCAUGGGCUAUCGUUUUGGCACUAAUUGUAUGCAUGUCUUGUCAUUUAAUUCAAAUUUGA